AACAAAUGUCAAAGUUCGGUCGACCGUCAACAGGAUUUAGCCAAAAGAUUUCUCGGCAUCGCAAAAUCUUCCUGCAUCUGUUAUCGGAGCGAAUUCUACGUUUACGUGAAUAAAAUAUUCCGAAGAUGCUGACCAACCAGAUCCUGUCCGCUGCCCGGGUCAUGGGACUGCAGGCCCGCCGUAACUACGGUGUCUCUGCCGUUCUGCUGGCGAAGGCUAGCGAUCCAAUCCAGCAACUGUUCGUUAACAAGCUCCGCGAAUAUGCACAGAAGAGCCAGAGCGCCGGUGGCAAGCUUGUCGAUUCAACGCCGGAAAUCGAACGUGAAUUGAAACAGGAGAUGGAGAAACUGGCCAAGCAGUACGGUGGUGCGCAGGGCGAAGACAUGACUGCCUUCCCCACGUUCAAGUUCGAGGAACCUAAGAUUGAUCCUAUCAAUGCGAGUGCUUAAGCUAUGCCGGGUCAUCUAAGAGCAGACCUGUUAUAAUAGGAACUAAACACUACUGCUACUACUGAAACAGAUGUAAAAAGUA